AUGGGAUUCUGCAGACGAUGUGGAGAUAUCGUCGUCGGUCCCCGCUGUAAAUGCGGCGGCUCUUCUGUCGCACCUGUUGUAAAGUGGAAUCAGUCCGACGGCAAGUCUCAAGACCCAUGGUCCAAGACAUACGUAACCCGAGACAAGCCUCGCGACAAGUCCCCCACCAAGCCGGUCCCUAGGACUUUCACUGGUCAACAUCAACCCGACUCCAACAUCAACACCGCUGCUACCCCUUCACCUUCUUCUGCAUCUCCCACGAAGCGCUUUCCCAGACCCACAAACCAGAAGCCCCUUGCUGUGUCCCUUGACCGCCGCGUAUCCGAACAUAUUGCGACGUCCACCUCCGUUCAACGACCUCCAUCUCCACUCAAACAUUCCACAACGCUUCCUUACGACGACAAUAUCGCCUCUGAGGUCAAUCCCGAAGAGGGAAUCUUGCCCAACCUGAACAGCGGCUCAAGACUCGCUAAAGUCUAUGGCUCCGUGCUACAGCCCAAGGAAACCCUGUCAAGUUUCAUCUGCGCAUUAUGCUCCGCCCCAUUCCCUCCUGAUGCGACCAUAUACCCCGAUCCAACGUCCAUUCGCCCCGGUCUCCCUAUCGACGAUGUCGGCUCUGGCACGCGAUUCCUGUGUCGGCCCUGCUUCACCGCAAACGGCGGCUCCAAAGGCGACUGUCCUGCCUGCGGGAAGCCCGUGCUGAUCCUCAAGAGUGAAGGUGGCUUUGUCGAGGCGAGCGGAAAGGUCUGGCACAAGCGCUGCUUCUGCUGCGAAGGCUGCUUCAAGAAUAUCAGCGACCAUCCGAUGGUGGACCUCCUAGGAAGGCCGAGCUGCGCAGACUGCUUCGACACCUGCCUCAAGCGGACACCAGGCAACACCCCUCGCAAACCUAGGGGCGACGAGCCAUUCGAGGAGCGCAGUAACCUGGGCGGCACCAAACGCACCAGUAGGAGCCGGGAGGGGAGUCCUGCGCUGGAGGAGCUCGAGUUGAGGCUGGGCAUACGCAGUCGGGACACUACACCCGUCAAAACGGAGAGCCGCGGUGCGAAGUUCAUUAACCCAGCGUCUCCCUCUAUGCAUACCCCGACGUCUCCUCCAAGCACACAGAGCCCCGUGUCGAAGCGGUAUACCACCGCCAUCGAAUCCAGUCCCAUCUCUGAACGCCUCGCUGCGAGAGCGCGAGCACAAUCCUCUUCUAGCGCAGGAUCUCCCGCUUUGCGCGACGCCCUUACUCGAUACCAAAGCUCCGACGCGAGCGAUGGGAGUCCGGUGUCUCGACGCACGUACAACAGGCUGCGGUCGCCCGAACCCGACGGCGACGAAGGCUCGCCGAUCUCCUCGAGGUUAACCGGCACCGGCAGUCCGAGGUAUGGCAGCCCGGUCGCUCGACAGCCUACGGCGGACGCGGUGGAGGAGAUGAAGCAGCGGUUCCUCCGGCAGGCUUCGCCUGGAAUCUCGUCGUCCCCGAGUCGCGUUGCUCUGCCUCCUUCGGAAACGACGACGCCGACGCGGAGAGAUCGAGAACGCCGCUCCAGGUCCCGCCCGCGCUCGAGCGGGGCAAUGUCCUCAGUGUUUGACGACGGCGUGUCAUCGUCCCUGGGCACAACACAGCCGCUUCGGGUCCGUCGCGAUAAUACGGGAGGUACGGAGGCCGUGCGCCGUGACAGGACAGGGGAGACCGAGUACGUGCGGCGCGACAGGACAGGCGAUGUCGAUUAUGUCCGCCAAGACACGACAGGGACUUCGUCUUACGCUCGCCGUCACACCACCGGUGACACUGAGUACACGCUGAAGGGCGACCGAACGGGAGACGCGGAGGUGGAGUCGCUGCUUGGGUCGUUCCCGAGGGUGCCCACAGGCGACCUCAUUGACCUCAGCUCGGACACGUCCGUGAGCAGCAUCGAUCCCCAGCUCACCGGCAACGGGCCUAUGUCGCGCAUACUGCGGCUUUCGCGGGACCUCGCGUCGCCGCCCAGGGAGCGCGUCGGGCUCGGCAUCAGCAUGGGGUUGCGCAAGAGCAUCUCUGGGACGUCGCUGGCUACGGACUACACGUCGUCAUCCAUGCCGCUCACGCCUGACCUCGCCUCGGACGUAUCCGAUACCAUGACGCAGUCCAGCGGGCCCUCCACCCCGCCCUCGCUCUCCCCCCCCUACAAACGCGCACACGCGAAGGGCGGCGUCACCUCGCACCACCCGGGAGAGCGCGACACUCCCACGAAGUCUGAGGCGACGACCCCAACGCCAAAGUCGCGCACGCUCCUCCCGCACGAUAUUUCGAUCCCCGCGCCCCUCCCGCCCGACGCACGAUGCGUGCGCUGCAGCCAGCCGCUGUUCAGCAGGAAGGACGGCGGCAAGUUCGUGACGGUGCCCGAGCAACCGUCGAGCAGCGGUGUGCCGCCCAAGACGUACCACACGUCGUGCUUCCGGUGCACGGUGUGCGACGGCCUGUUCGAGGAGAAGGACCAUGGCGGCAGGGCGAUCUUCGUGAGGGGCCCGAAGGGGGCGUGUCAUGUUGAGUGCGCACCGCCAGAACGGACGAUCGUUCGCUCGUACCCUGUCCAGGUUCCCCGCCCUGCUCUGAGCUCCCAGUCGCAAGCGGCACAUUCCCCACCAAAGACUCCCUCUACUGUUACUGCCGCCGCGACGUACCACACGAGCUCGAGCCGGUACGAGGCUCCCCCACCAAAGACCGCGCCCCCAACUCAGCAGUCGUUCGUGUUUCCUCCGCAGCCUCGCUUCGGGAGCGCGAACGCCUGCCCGGGCUGCCACCAGAACGUGUCUCCGAUGGAGCGCGGUGUUGUGCCUGGGCCGCAGGGCUCACGGUGGCACGCGGCGUGCCUGAUUUGCGGCGGGCAGGAGGCUAGGGGGCGCAGGAAGGCAGAGGGACGCCCCGGCUGCGGGAAGAAGCUGGACAGCGCGGCGAAGACGGAUAGAGACGGGGGCGUGUGGUGUCGCGAGUGCUUGCUGAUCCUGCCGCUCGACCGUCGGGGUUCGCCCUCGCCGACGCGGAGCACGCCCGUCGCGCCUGCGCCAACUGGCAGCAGAGGGCCGUUUGGGGUCGCGCCGCAGUACACGGGCACUACAACUCUGGCGCGCCAGUUCACCGGGAUCGGUAGCUCGGACCCCUCGCUCAUGAGGCAGCUCACCGGCGGAGGACUGAGCCCCACGCGCCAGCUAACUUCGAGUCCGACGAAGAUGCACGACGGCCCUCGGCCUGGCGUGUCGCGGUACCCUCGUCCGAAGUCCGCCAUCGGGUUCGCGGCGCGGACAAAGAGUGAAGGGGGCGAGGGCCGGGGCAUGUAUCUGGUGCGGCAGUUGACUGGGGGGAAGAAUAAGGAAGCUCCGUGAACGAGUAUCGAGCGUGUGGUUAUAUUGAGGUUUCUCCACGGACUGUACACAUACAUACCUACGGCAUGCUGACACGGACUGACUGCAGACUGGCUCCUGUUUCGUCGACAUCUGUUUUCAGUGCUUUCUCUAGCUACUAGCUCUCUGUCUUCUCGCGUUCUUUUGUUGAUCGUCCAUUCUGAUAUAGCUUCAUAUCUCC